CCGACAUCCAAAACCGCAUCGGUUCACCGCAAAGGCCGGCACUUGCCCAGCAUCAUUUGAAGAAUGUGUACAGGCAUCUCAAUGUAGAGCAUUGCUUUAGAACGUGCUUGAAAGAUGGGCGACGAGCUAUGGCCAGCAAAGGUUGCGGCGAUCUUACUCAAGUGCGUUCCCCUUGGAGUACUUGUCUUGUUCGGCACAGCGCAAACCGCACCCAACAACUACCCCUGUGUUCCGAAUGGGCCGUACUGGACGUUGCUGGAUGUCACACAAAUGGUGCUGCUCUUCGUUUCGACUGGCCUCUCUGUCACCAAAGGCAGUUUUGCAUUGGGUAAUGUCAACCGGAAUCAGUGCGUGACUAUUUUCGCCCUUCGAGAAGCGAUGUCCGACUAUGCUAUGGCGCUUUCACUGAUUCUUGUCACGUGGAUUGUGUGGAAGCGACAUCAACGAUGUCUCCCGCCAUCUGCAUUCGCAGCAUCGUUGCUAGGACUGCUGUCUACUGGUUGUGCACUAGACGCUUUUCUGGAGUUCACCACUGCCUCACAUCUUCAGGAGAUUACACUGUCCGCAAAUAAUUUUCGAGAAAUUGCAGCGAUUGUAAUUUUCGUCACAGCAGCUGCGGUGGCUGGGAAUUUUCUGCUCUCAGAGGUGCAAGACCUGGUCAUUGAGAGACCAAAACACACACGGAAAUCAGCAGACCAGGAUACUCUGUCAGUACUUGGACGCCAAGUCUCCAUAACCUUGAUCAGGAUUUACAAGAGUAUGUCACGGAAAGGAAGAGCAGCAACAGAGGAGUUUCCGAAGCUGCGAAGAGGGCUGGCUUGCGAACGAUUUGUGAAGGCACUUGGAUCCCGACUGAGCGCGAGAAAAAUGGCUACUGGAAAACGGUUCCUUUUUUCUAUCGCCCUCCUCAAGGUAUUCUGGGUGGACGUUCUUCGAGUUGUACUGGCAGUCGUGGGCUACUAUGCCUGUAUAUUUGCAAGGAUUCCAGCUUUGGAGCUACUAAUAGACAGCCGCACCAGCGUCGGCAUGGCGACCGCGACAUUUCUGUUUGUGGCAACCACUACUGGUGAAAUGCUGAUGUCGUCCUACCAGAUGGAAGUCGUGAACAUGUCUGGCUGCCGAGUAGACACUGUGCUCAGAGGCUUCAUAUUCAAAAAGGUGACGUCAAUGUCGACUCUCACCAGGGCACGCUACACGGCAGGUCGCAUCACUUCGAUGCUGACCGUUGACUGUUGGCAGAUGGGCAACUGCGUUUAUGUUGUUCCCAUGCCACUGUUCGGAGUGUUGUCGCUUCCCAUCGUCUUCUGGAUGCUCGCAGCUCGCACUGGCGUCGGCCCUUCACUGUGCUGCGCCGCAUGGACCGUGUUCAUUCUGUGCCUGCCCGCAUUGUGCUCCUCCUUCCAGAAACGGUUAUGGGCAAAAGUGAUAGGUGCCCGUGACGAACGCCUGAAGGUCAUUACAGACUUGCUGGCAAUGAUCCGUAUUGUCAAGAUGUAUGCCUGGGAAGACGCCCUCCAGAAGAACGUAUUGCGCUUCAGAGAAACCGAGCUCCAGUGGCUUUUCCGAGUGAACCUCUUGGACGCCAUCUUGGACUGCCUCUACUCGUCCACGAGCUCUGUGCUUAUGAUAAUCUUAUUCUCGACGCUGCGCUUGCUAGAACCGGAAAUCGCCUUCACGCCAGCGCUGGCGUUCUCCUGUGUGUCGCUGUUGUAUAUGACAGAUCUUAGCAUGAACACCUGUGGACACGCUCUGAGGAAUAUCACUCAGGGUUCUCUGGCAAUCAAAAGAAUCGCCGAUUUUUGUACUGCUGAAGAAGAGGAGAACUCCAUUACCAAUUGCAAGACAUCAGCGUCAUUGAAAAAAGGCGCUGUUAAGAUUGAGAAAUGCUACUUUUCUUGGGCCGUUUCUGACACUGGUGUAUCGGAAGCCCAACUCGAAGAUAUCGACCUGGAGAUAGAGCCCGGGUCCUUGGUUGGCAUCGUAGGAUUUGUAGGUAGCGGCAAAUCCUCGUUACUCUCUGCCAUACUGGGUGACAUGCACGUCAUUGAAGGCAAGGUCGCCACCAUGGGUCGCACAGCUUUUGUUCCACAGUUGCCGGCUGUUCACAACAUGACUGUCAGGGACAAUAUUCUCUACGGGAAGCCGAUGAACCUGAGUUUCUACCACCAUGUUAUUCAAAGCUGCCAGCUCAUAAAUGACAUCAACAUGCUAGCGACUGGGGACAUGACCGAAAUCGGAGAAAAGGGAAGCAACCUCAGUGGCGGCCAAAAGCAGCGCAUUUCCAUUGCCAGAGCAGUGUACAGCCAGAGCGAUGUGUACCUACUGGACGAUCCGCUUAGCGCUUUGGAUCCCAUUGUGGCCAGCCGGGUCUUCAAAGAUGUUAUCGGGAAAAAAGGCCUGCUUAGGCACAAGACUCGAAUUAUGGUGUGCAAUCAAGCAAAGUACUUGCACUACAUGGACAAGCUCAUUUUAGUGGACAAGAAGCGAAUUAAGGUAUACGACAAAGUGGAAGACCUGAUAAACGACCCAAAGUCACCUAAAAAUUUUCGUGAAGCUCUUCAAGAUCGGACAACCCGUCUCCUCACAAAAAAUGAAACUGACGCUGAGAAAAUGGAAGAAAACGACGUAGUUGGAAGGAUAACUGGAGAAGAGUCAGGACAGUCUAGCAAGACAGGGUGGCAGUUGCUGUGCAGCCUCCUCCGCUUCACAGGAUGGCCUGCAGUCAUGGCAGUCCUCACGUUCGUAGCAGCUGCCUGUGCUUUUGCCACACAGCAGGUGUGGAUCAAGUGGGGGACGACGGAUGCAACAACAAAUGGUGGCACUACCGCCAUUGCCUCUGUGCAACUUCCUUGGGUACCAAGUCUCGUGGCCUUGUGCUUGAUAGACGUGGCCUUCCGUAUCGCUGGAAGUAUCCUGCUGGCCCUGUCUGCGAAGCAUCUUUCGCGGUCACUGCACAACGACAUGCUGGGUCACGUGCUGCAGAGUCCAGUAUCCUUCUUCGACGAAUCGCCCCGGGGCCGCAUCGUGAACCGCUUCUCGGCCGACAUCGACCAUGCUGACUCACGCGCUUUCAUCAGCGGCAAGCAAAGCGUCCAGAACACGCUCCUCACCGUCGCCAAGAUCGCCAUUGUCGGCACCCAGGCGCCCGUCGUGAUCGGCAUUACACUUGUUCUCGCCGUGCUGGUCUGCUAUGGAUUGUGUGCCGCGCUCAGGGCGUCGCACCACUGCCGCUACUACGAGAGCCUGGCCAUGUCCCGCUUGCUGCAGCACGCCACCGAAACCGUGGACGCGCUGAGCAGUGUGCGAACGUACGGCGUGGCGGACAGGUUUGCGAGCCACUUCUACCGCCUGACGGACGAGAUGGAGCGGGGAUUGGUUUGCUUCGGAUACACUUACUGCUUCGUCCGCACGCUGACGGCCGUGGCUGGAUUCGUGGUCAUCAUGUGCACCCUGCUGACCACCGUCGUCUUCGCCGGCCCCGGCGGACCCGACCCAGCCAGUCUGGGCCUGGCGCUGAGCUCUGCGUGCUCGGUUUCUCUGUCGCUGUUGUCGCUGUGCGUGAUGCUGUUCAACGUUCUUCAAAUGACUGUUUCAUUCGAACGCUGUGUGGAGUACAGUGAGCUCCCUCCAGAGAGCGACGUCCCAACAAGCAGCAACGAGACAAACGUGCCACCGACGCAAUGCCCAACUGUUUGGCCAAGCUCGGGAAUGAUUCAAUUUCAGAAAUACUCUGCUUCUUAUCGCCCUGGUGUACUUCCCAACGUACUCGAGGAUGUUACAUUCGACGUCAAGCCAUUAGAAAAGGUAGGAGUGGUCGGCCGCACCGGUGCUGGCAAGUCCUCCCUUGUACUCGCACUUCUGCGCAUGCUCAGACCUUCUGAAGGCCACAUCCUCAUCGAUGGAGUCAACAUCGCCAACGUGCCACUUCGUAAGCUGCGCAGGAGUAUCACAGUCAUCCCGCAGGACCCAAGUCUUGUGAGAGGAACGUUGCGAACAAACCUUGAUCCCACAAACUCUCACUCUGAUGAGGACAUCUGGGAAGCACUGGAACGUUCGCACCUUUCUACAUUUGUGUCGUCUGAUGCGAAAGGGCUUCUUUUGGAGACUACAGACGGCGGCACAAAUCUGAGCGUGGGCCAGCGACAGCUGGUGUGCCUGGCGCGUGCCCUACUGCGUCGAUCCAAGAUACUGCUGCUGGACGAGGCCACGUCGCAGAUGGACGGCGACACGGACCGUCUGAUCCAGGCCACUCUCAGAGACGCCUUCGCCAACUGCACCCUCCUCACCGUCGCGCACCGUAUCCACACUGUCCUGGACUACGAUAGGAUUCUGGUGCUGGAAGAAGGGAAAGUCAAGGAAUUCGACUCCGUGAGCGUGCUUCUCUCCGACUCAUCGUCUGCGUUCUACAGCAUGGCCGUCGAAGCUGGCAUUUGUGUUGCUGCAAAAAACUCGAACCUGAUCACGGCUUUUUUGUGAUAAACUAAUAAUGUGUGUUCGUCAGAAAAUACUGAUGUGCAGUGCGUAUUGACGGUGCUUACAUACCAAAAACACAAGGCGGCUAACAAGAACCCCACUACAUGUUUACAUCGCAACGAAUACUUACUUUCGAGAGUUUUAAAUGUAAGUCUGAUGCAGAAAAGAUUCAUUUUUCAGGUAUCAAAUUGCGAAAUAUUUGCCUUAUUUCACACAAUAGGUGACGACGAGGGUUUUGCCGGCAAUGGCGUGACGACGAUCGUGGGGCGACCACUGUAGGGUGGUGACGGCAUGGCGAGUACACCGUGAUGACGACGGCUUGACGAGAAUCACAUUACUAAGCUGGAGUGACGGUGGCGGAAUAACAAAGACGUCAUCACGGCGAUGAUAUUAGACAAUUUUUGGUUCAGCGUUUCCAACCUAAAAUAAAAGCAUUACGUACAUAAAGGAAUAGCCUCGUCCUCACUGCGCAGGCUGGGAACAUUAUUGGCUCUCUACGGUUUACGUGCGCGAGGAUAUUUGGUGAGUUUAACGCUCGUAAUGUUUACGUACUUGCGCUAAUAAAUAGCGUUGUCGCAAA